GAUGGAUUCAAGUUGUGUUUUGUCGUGUGGCGUGAACCCUAAGAAAGUUUACUAUGUGCUAAACCCAGAUAGAAAUCUGCCCGACACUGAGAAUCGCUUUAAAGAAUGGUUUACUAGUGAGCGAGCGUGGCAGGGGGUUUGUGGAACUGCUCCAGACCCAGACAAACUACAAGAGGCUGUGACCACCAAAGACCUCUACAUUUACAUAGGACAUGGCGCAGGAGCCCGCUUUCUGGAUGCUCAGAGGGUUUUGAAAGGGCCUGUGCGGGCAGUAGCUCUUCUGUUUGGCUGCAGUAGUGCUGCUCUCAGUGUACUUGGCCACCAGGAGGGUACAGGAAUCAUCCUCAGCUACUUGACCGCAGGAUGCCCGUUAGUGCUUGGUAACCUGUGGGACGUAACGGAUCGUGAUUUAGAUCGUUUCACAUCGGCUCUGCUCCAAUCCUGGCUCUCU